GACCCUUAAUACCAGAGGGCUAAUUUCUCACCAAACUCCCAAGCCUCUCCUCCAGUCCUCUUCGCAAAGCCCUCGUCAAAUCCUUCUACAGUUCGAUUUUCACCUACGAUUCUAGAGUUUUGGCUACACUUAGAUCUGUAUAGUCCUCGAGGGGACUAGGGUUUAAGCUUUUCUCGUCCGUAUAACCGCAGCCCACAAAUUGUAAAUCACUCUGAAGUUUUUUUCUCCUUUGAUCCAUCGCGUAAAACUCUACAGCCCACCAUCAUGAUCUGCUCGAUAAAGCAAUCCGUGUCCUCUUUGCAAGCCCUCACUCGUUCAGACUUUUACCAGCGGAAGUCUCCGGUAAAGUCGUUGUCUUUCCCCUCCGUUGUUGGCGGUACCUCGCCUGUGAAGCCUCUCCAUCUAGCUUCGGUUCGGGGUUUGGGUUUUGGGUUGAUCGAGGAUUUGAGGGUUCGGAGGCCCUUGAUCAGAUGCGAAGCUUACGAGGCUGACCGGUCGGAGCCGGUCGAGAGCGACGUCGUAAAGGGGCGAUCAGAGGCGGCGAAGAAGGUGAAGAUCGGGUUGUAUUUCGCGACGUGGUGGGCUCUGAACGUUGUGUUCAAUAUUUAUAACAAGAAAGUUCUCAAUGCGUUUCCGUACCCUUGGCUGACGUCGACGUUGUCGCUUGCGACCGGAUCGCUUAUGAUGCUGAUCUCCUGGGCUAUUAGAAUCGCUGAAACUCCUAAGACUGAUUUUGAGUUUUGGAAGACCCUUUUUCCUGUUGCUGUGGCUCAUACAAUUGGGCAUGUGGCUGCAACAGUGAGUAUGUCCAAGGUUGCAGUGUCUUUUACUCACAUAAUCAAGAGUGGUGAGCCUGCAUUCAGUGUCUUAGUUUCAAGGUUCCUAUUGGGUGAGAGUUUUCCAACUUCGGUGUACUUCUCGCUCAUUCCAAUCAUCGGAGGUUGUGCUCUAGCCGCCGUCACCGAGCUGAACUUCAACAUGAUUGGUUUUAUGGGAGCCAUGAUUUCGAACCUGGCUUUUGUUUUUCGCAACAUAUUUUCAAAGAGAGGCAUGAAGGGGAAGUCUGUUAGUGGAAUGAACUACUAUGCUUGUCUUUCUAUACUGUCACUGUUAAUUCUCACCCCGUUCGCAAUUGCUGUCGAGGGACCACAGAUGUGGGCUGCUGGAUGGCAAAAUGCCGUUUCUCAAAUUGGACCCCAUUUUGUAUGGUGGGUGGCGGCCCAGAGUGUAUUCUAUCACCUCUACAAUCAGGUGUCAUACAUGUCGCUGGAUGAGAUCUCUCCCUUGACGUUUAGCAUUGGAAACACCAUGAAGCGUAUAUCUGUCAUAGUCUCCUCAAUCAUCAUCUUCCACACACCCGUCCAGCCCAUCAAUGCUCUUGGAGCUGCCAUCGCAAUCCUUGGAACUUUCUUGUAUUCUCAGGCCAAGCAGUGAGGAAGCUGGAGUUGGAAUUUAGGUUUCCGGGCUGCCAUGGAGGAGGAUGCAUGGUCACAGAGAGUGGUCAGGUGGUCCGGCAGCGUUUCUAGCUGUAGAUAAUGAAUAAUAACAGAAGUAACAUUACUAUUACACAUGCGUUUUACCUUUCUUAGGCAGAUAUGAGAAGUGAGGUGUAUGAAUAAAGAGAGAGUUAGGCAAGAUGAUAAUAAGUAAUAACAAUAAUAAUAAUGGCUCAGUACUGCCAUUGAUUCCUGAUUCCUCCUCCUUUGGAGCAGCUUGGCAGCUAAAUGGCCUUUGGGCAUAUAUGUCUGUUUGUGUA